AUGGCCGCAAGUCGCCAGCGCGCGCAGUCCAGCGGAAGCCGCGGUAUAGAGCAGACAAACUCUCUAACAUCAAAUUCAGAAACCAACACCGCCGCGCUCUGUCUUAUAUCCGAAAAGAAAGCACUCCUAGCUGAGGCAGAAGCCCAGGAAUCAGCAGCUAGGGAGAUGUACUACUAUGCGCAGAACGAAGCCUGGUGGCUAGGAAGCCGGGACAGCUAUCAACUCUCGGAUUCCGACGACACCACUUAUUCUGAGUACGAAUACCGUGAAAGACAGGAAGCGGAAGAGAGAGAGAAGGUAGCGAGGAGGGAGCUGGAGAUUGCAGAGGCGAGAUCCCGAGACCGGUUCGCUGCCGUACAGGCCGUGGCUGCGGUUUCGGGGCAUCCGAACGCAGCUCAGGAAGGGAACUGGAGUAUAUUGAGUGGAAGCGAGCAGGAGACGGUUUUGCCUCGACUGGAGAAUGAGUGUCAUGAUUAUGCUACUCUUACGAAUGCAGGGUAUCUGGCGGGCAGGGUUCGUGCCCCACGCCCAGACCCUAAGGACAGGAAGAGGAGGGUUGUGGCGAUAGAUUGUGAGUUUGUCGGCAUCACGAAUGAUGAUAUCAGUGUGCUUGCGCAGGUCUGUGCAGUGGACGCUUUGACAGGGGAAGUGCUGCUUGACUUUCUUGUUGAGCCGGGGCAUCGUAAGGUUAUAUACCGUACGCAGCACAGUGGACUCACCGGCCAGGUCUUCCACCAAUAUCGCGAGAUGGGGCUUGUUCUUCCAGAUGUGGCGGCGGCGCGGGAGGCUCUGUUCAACUUUGUGGAUAGAGACACCAUUUUGGUCGGGUUUGCCCUGGAGAAUGACUUUGAGAUGUUGGGGAUCUCGCACUGGCGUGUAUUUGAUGCGCAGCUUGCGGCCAGGGAAGCAGAGUACAGAGCCUACGGGGUACGUCCUAGACGGUUGUCACUGCAAAUCCUGAGCAGCCAGUUGCUUGGGCGGUCUGUUCAGCAGAGCUCUCGGGGCCAUGACUGCCUAGAGGAUGUGUUUGCCGCCAGAGAGCUGAUGCUUUAUUGGGUGCAGGACGAAAAUGAGGACGAGGUUGAGGAAUGGGUGCAGUGGCAGGGGGGCGAUAGAAACAAUGGUGUCUCUACUUUUGACAUACAGAACUGGCUUUAA